AUGGAUCUCCAGCUGUCACGCGGCCGGAUCACACCAAAACCCACCAGCAGCCCACACAGCCCACCAGCGAUGGCCUCCUUCCUCAGCGACGCCAAGGCCCGCAUCCAGCACACCAACAAGCUCUCCCUGGCCCCAAAGGACAUCCGCAACCUGGCAGAGAUCAUCUCCACCGAGAAAAACGUCCUCUCCGCAUCCUCGCGGCUGUCCGUCGACUAUCGCAAGGCCGCAGACGCACUCAAGGAAUGGGGGCUCAACGAGGGCGACGACCUGGCCGACAUCCUGCCCAAGCUGGCCAUCCUGCUCGGCCACCUCGCCGACGCCCAGUCGCGCUUCUCCGACCACGACGGCACCUACCGCAUCCACUUCAAGAGCAUCCGCAUGCGCGAGGAGGCCCUCGCCGCACUCAAGAAGAGCAGGGAGACCAUCCAGGCUAAAAUCACCGCCCUGGAGAAAAAGAUCACCAAGAUGAGCAGCGAGAACAAGGACCUGCCCGCGCUGACCACCCGGCUACAGGAGGCUCGCUCCGAGCUGAUCAGUCUGGAGAACUCGGUAGCCAUCGAGGAGGCCCGGCUCUCAGACUUCAAGCGCGAGACGGUGCGGGAAGGGCUCGGAUUGCGGCUGGGGGCGAUGCUCGAGCUGGCGGAGAAGAUGACGAUCGUGUGCGAGUUCGGGAAGAUGCUGACGGCGGAGGUGCCGGUGGAACGGACGGCGCCGGGCACGGCUCGGCAGCCGUACUGUGCGGCCAACAAGACCCAGAGCGUGGUGGAGGAGGCCCAGAGAUGCUUGACCCAGGUGGUCUUCAACCCCUCCCAUUCGGCCGCCCCCGCCCAUCCGGCCACCAUCGAGGACCACGCCGAGGGCGGGCCGGCCGCCUCCUCCUCCAAGUCCCCCCACUCCGAAUCCGAGCAUCCUGCAAGCCUCCACCAGGCCUCACACCCCCCCUCAGACGCCUCCCACAGCCUGCCCAUGGAGCUCCCCCCGCUGUACUUCAGCCAGCCCGCCCCGAACGAUCCGCCGCUCGACUCAUCCGCCCGAACUGCGCCCAGCAGCAGCUCAGCACACCAUCCCAACAGCGCCCCUGGCCCCGUCUACGCCCCGCAUGACAACUACUCCUCCUCGUUGCCGUACACCGCCCAGGCCUCAUCGGAGGCCCAUCUGCCCACCCACCACGGCGGCUACAACUCCGUCGCCGAGCCCGGCACGACCAGCCCGCCUCUAUCCGCAGCAGCAGCAGCAGGAUCCCAGGGUAGUCCCACCGGCAUGGCCGCCCGUCUGUCGCGCACCCCGGCAGAGAUCCCGGGCGCCGAGUCGCACGACCGGCCGUCGUACAUCGAGAACGUGUUCUAUGUCCGCGGCUUGAACGGCGCCCCCCUGUCCGCCGGCCCGGGCCACCCCAGCGAGCCCGUGUACUCGCCCAGCUCGCUCUACUCGCCCCCGCCGAGUGCCCACAACAAGCCAUCCUCGGACGCCGCAGGAGGAGGAGGCCCGGGCCAGGCCGGCGGGCACGGUCUGCAACACCCGUCCCUUGACAGCAGUCCCCGGCCCUACCCCGGCUCCUCCCUCGUCGAGCCCGACCCCCCAUCCACCAACGUGCCUCGCUCGCUUGGCCCCGCACACGCGUUCGGCGCCGACGACCACGGCUCGGCCGUCGUCCAGCCCCUCCAGAUCAAUAAACGCGACACCGCAACAGGCCUCGAGAUCAGUCGAAGGAACUCCUAA